UGAUCAAAAUUCAGAGGCUCGGCAACUGGCGUGUACUUACGCCGGUUGCAGUCUUCCUGUGUUUCCUCCUUGGCGACCUGACACGCCAAGUCAAUUUGGGGGGCGGGAGGGGGGAGCCAGAUUCAUUUAACAACCAUGCGAGCAACUUAUCAACUACAGUGAUUCACUUAGCAACGGUGGCCAGAUCGGUCGUAAAACACGGCGCUUAAAACUCCCUUAACCGAUAUUUCAUUUGGCCAUGUAAAUUUUGGACCGAGUUGUUAAGUCGAGAACUAACGGUAUUGGAUGUUUCCUCCCGCCCCCCCUCUACCAGCUGUUUAAAAACGGGCGCAGGUGUGCCGUUAAGGUCCGCUAUGCAAAUGAGGAAACGCCUUUUGAGGGCGGGGUUUUCCCCCUACACCUGGUUGGUUUCUACCUGGGAUCGGCCGGGAGGCUUUCAAAGAAAUGGCGAAACUGCAUUGCGCUCGGCUUCCUUAAAUCCCAUCGCGAUCCGUCUCCCGUGUGCUUCGAAAUCAUGCGUUGCGCUUCGGUGUCUCUCUCGGCUUGGUCCCCGGAAAUCCGUGCAGCCCCCAGACUCAAAAGUGUCGCUUUCUGAGUCCCACCCGAAUCACUGUGGCUUCGUCCGAUGUUUUGAUAAAAAAGAAAUCUGUUUACUGACGAAGGAGUUUGCGUCUUUUUCUUUGUUAAGGGUCACGAGUCUCCAAGUGAAUUGGGGAGGGGGGGGAGGUUUGGAAAAGAUGGGAUUACAUUACCUUUCUCUUUUGGCCAAUAUUCCGAUUAUCACCUUUUUUUAACAACCCCAUAAUCCCUUGCAGGGGGGAGUCUGGGCUCUUCAUUUUAUGAAUGAAGCCAGCAGAAUAUUUACUGGCCGGAUGCUCUGCUUGUUGCCAGUGCGGAGGUAUGAAAGCCACUUGGGUGGCAGGAACAAUGACCAGGAGACUGUGAGUUCUAGUCCCACCUUAGCCAUGAAAGCCAGCCUGGUGGACUUUGGAACAAUCGCCAGGAGGCGGGGAGUUCUAGUUCUGCCUUAGCCAUAGCUAAUGCUCCUUCCUCAUCUCCCCCUCAACAUCCACCUUGUGAGGUGGGCCGGGCGGAGAGGGACUGGCCCAAACUCCCUCAGCCAUGGGAUAACCGUGGUUUCUUUCUAUAAAGUGGAUUGAUGUCCUUGUAAUAGUCCCCAGGAUGACAGUUUAGGUAUUUCUCAGCUAACCAAAAUUUAAUCCAUCUUUCUUUUCAAGGAAGAAACCAUGGUUAUCCCGCCAGAUGGAAGCCGAGAAUAGAUCACAGUUAAGUUCACAUACUUCGUGGUAAACCUUUGUGAAUUAACUCUGGUUCGAAAUUCCCCGCAGCAAAUAUCCCCUGAAGAUCCAAAGGAGAGAGAGAGCCAAACCAGAGUAUUUUAAGGGUGAAAUCCUUCGGGAGAAUAAUUUUAUUGCAUAAGAACCUAAGAACGUGCCCACAAGAAGCGCCAGGAAAAUGAAAUGACCGCCGUUGAGACAGAAGAAGGACCUUUGAUCUGCGGAAACUUCUGAUGUUCUUCCACAGGGAGGAGGAACGGUGAAAUAAGAGGAAAAAAAACGUUUGCUGGUCUUACAGGAGGAGACUGAAACUUGGUGGUCUACCAGGGACACCUUCCCCAAGAGACCUUCUGGAAGGCCCCAGUGGCCACUGAUUGGUUCUCAAUAUGGAAUCAUCAAUUAUUUCUUCUCAACACGGGUCAAAGAGUGUCUGUCUUAACAAACCAGAGGCCCAUCAUUUGUACAGCUGUUUAUCUGACUCUUCCAAGUACUCCAGUUCCAUUUUGAACGUUCCCUUCAAGAUGGAUCUCAAGCUUUCAAGAUGGACCUCAAGCUUUCAAGAUGGACCUCAAGCUUUCAAGGUGCACCUCAAGAUUUCAAGGUGCACCUCAAGAUUUCAAGAUGGACCUCAAGGUUUCAAGAUGGAUCUCAAGCUUUCAAGAUGGACCUCAAGCUUUCAAGGUGCACCUCAAGCUUUCAAGAUGGACCUCAAGCUUUCAAGAUGGACCUCAAGCUCUCAAGGUGCACCUCAAGCUUUCAAGAUGGACCUCAAGCUUUCAAGGUGCACCUCAAGAUUUCAAGGUGCACCUCAAGAUUUCAAGAUGGACCUCAAGCUUUCAAGGUGCACCUCAAGCUUUCAAGGUACACCUCAAGCUUUCAAGAUGGAUUUCAAGAUGGAUCUCAAGAUUUCAAGAUGGACCUCAAGAUUUCAAGGUGCACCUCAAGAUUUCAAGGUGCACCUCAAGCUUUCAAGAUGGACCUCAAGCUCUCAAGGUGCACCUCAAGCUUUCAAGAUGGACCUCAAGAUUUCACGAUGCACCUCAAGUUUUCAAGAUGGACCUCAAACUCAAACUUUCAAGAGGCACCUCAAGAUUUAACGACGCACCUCGAGGUUUCGAGAUGCACCUUAACAUUUCAAGAUACAUUUCAAGGUUUCAAAUUUGUGAAGCUUUCCUACUGGGGGACCUCAACGAAAGCCUUCAAGUCUAAGGGAUCCUGGAAACAGCGCUGGUGUCUCCUCCACAGACGGUAGUACCAAGGGGCGUCACCGCUCCAUCAGCUGCAGCUCCUUUCAGCAAAAGUUCUCUAGAAGGCCGCGUCCUACUUGAAGGUCUUCUACAACAGUUAGGUGAGGGCACGCAAUAUUGCCUGGAAUCUCUCUUAUUGGUGGGAUGGAGGGGAGUCGUUCUUCUCUUGAAGGUCCCGGAGGGAGGACGCAUCCAGCUUUCUCCUGGCCUUGAUCGCAGGAAGACUUCGGAUCUUCUGGAUGGACUUGACACUGGUUUUGGGAACCUGGUCCUUGCUGAUUGCCCUGGAUUCGUUGACCUUGUUACAAACGGCCACCGUGCAUUUAUAGUCCUUCUGAAAUUCCUUCAGGAGUUCCAAAGCUUCCCGAUAUUCCCGCCAAUUCUCCUUUCUCCUCCGCAAGACGCACACUGAAGGGGCAGGGAAGCAAACCAUCAUCAGCCACCUUUUAACCCAGUUAGGUUUUUGCAAAACUACCCCCGCAUUCCCAAAGCAUGCACCGUGGGUGAUGCGGCUAUCGAAAAAAGCUAGUUUUUGUUGAUUAUUAGCCCAUUGGCCAGGGGUGAAAUGCGACCGGUUUGGCCCGGUUCACCCA